UCCGGUGGUCCAUGUAUCCCAGAGUAAGCCUGUCUCCAGUUCUCCACUCUCUUCCCCUGACCCUACCCCUCCUAGAAUUCUGGAUAACGGUGACCCAGUUUGGACCGUCAAGGAGAUCCUUGGGGUCCGUCGGCAAGGUAGGGGCCUGGUAUUUUUGGUACAUUGGGAGGGUUAUGGUCCAGAGGAUAGAUCCUGGGUGUCGGCCUCCUACCUUGCUGACCCCACCCUUCUGGAGGACUUCUAUCAGGUCAACCCUGGAGCUCUCCGGCGCUCGUCGAGAGCCUCGCAUAAGAGGGGGGGCACUGUUACGGCGCUCGCGCAGUCUGCUUCUCCCUCCUCGGCAGGAGCUCCUCGAAGCUACGCUGCAAGCACCGCAGGACACGCCCCCGCACGCGCCACGCAGACCGCGGCCACGCGCCUCCACAGCCGGCGGCAAUCAUCAGUCAACGCACCUGGUCUUGACGAGAAGCAGCAGCAUAAAGGCUCACUCCACUGACUACUCCACGCCGGAACAAAGCCCUGAUUCAUACCUCCGUGUCUCCGCAGUGAGCCGUGCGCCUCACCUGCCGAUCUUCCCCCUGGACUCUGACUGCCUUCCUCGACCUCCGCACUCGGACCUGGACUUCUGGACGCCUCUCUCCUGCCCCCACGGACCUCGCUCGGAUCACGAACCUCUUUUGCUUCGCCCCUCUGGACUUCUUUGCUGCAACAACCAACACACACUUACAAUAACCUCUGGUAACUUAUAUUUGGUUAACUUCUACACAUAGCCCUGCAUCCACACACAUAGUAGCAUACACACCCGACGUAAUCAUCAAGCUCAAAUAAAACCCGUUGAGCUAGACCUCCUGCUGUCGUACCGUCUCCUUCCCCCUUCGUCUUACGUAACAGUACCGGUACCAAAAUGUAUUUUGAUACUUUUCUAAAAAAAAGGGUACCACAAAAAAUUGCAUUAUUAGCUUUAUUUGAACAAAACAUCUUAGUGUACAUGAAACAUAUGUUUAUUAUUGUCAUU